GCUUCUAAGCUGCUGCUGCUGCUACUGCACAGGCCGUGUGUGUGCUGUUGCUGUGUUGCUGCUGCUGCUGCUGUUGCUGCUACUGCUACUGUUGCUCUCUGCUCAGAUCGGUGCCUGUGUCUCUGAGUGUGCGUGUGUGCGCGAGAAGAGUGCGAUAUACCCGCGCUCUAAACUAGCAUAGAGCGACGAUCGCGUUUUAGUAGAGAGAAACGAGUGUACGGCGGCGUUGAUACGUAAAAGAGAUCAACUCUCUAUAUACAUACAUACGCGCAAGUGAGGGAGAGUGAAAGAGAGAGAGAGAGAGAUCCGAGCCGAGCCGAACGACGACCGCGACUCGAUAACGCGUCGUUUGACAUCGCCAAUCAUCAUCAUCAUCAACGUGUGAACACACUUUCGUCGACGACGUCGAUACACACCGUAAUCAUCAUCGUCAAGCGCAGCAGAUAGCCCAACAAAACCGGCCCGAUGUCUGAACCCGACAAACUUAACAUCGAUAAUAUCAUCGCCCGGCUCUUGGAAGUCCGAGGAGCACGACCAGGCAAAAAUGUACAGUUGACAGAAGCAGAAAUCAGGGGGCUUUGCCUUAAGUCUCGUGAAAUUUUUCUAUCACAACCAAUUCUUUUGGAACUUGAAGCACCCCUGAAAAUAUGCGGUGAUAUUCAUGGACAAUAUUACGACCUACUCCGAUUAUUUGAGUAUGGUGGAUUCCCUCCAGAAAGUAAUUACCUAUUUCUAGGUGAUUAUGUUGACAGAGGAAAGCAAUCACUUGAAACCAUUUGUCUUCUUCUUGCUUACAAAAUCAAGUACCCUGAAAAUUUCUUCCUACUGAGAGGAAAUCAUGAAUGUGCAUCUAUUAAUAGGAUAUAUGGCUUUUAUGAUGAAUGUAAACGUCGUUACAACAUUAAGCUGUGGAAGACAUUCACAGAUUGCUUCAACUGUUUACCCGUAGCUGCAAUUGUUGACGAGAAAAUUUUCUGUUGUCACGGUGGUCUUAGUCCUGAUCUUCAGAGUAUGGAACAAAUUAGACGUAUCAUGAGACCUACUGAUGUUCCUGAUCAGGGACUCUUGUGUGAUUUGCUGUGGUCAGAUCCUGAUAAAGACACAAUGGGAUGGGGAGAGAACGACCGUGGCGUUUCAUUCACAUUUGGUGCCGAAGUAGUUGCCAAAUUUCUUCACAAACACGAUUUUGAUCUGAUAUGUCGUGCUCAUCAGGUCGUAGAAGAUGGUUAUGAAUUCUUUGCCAAAAGGCAAUUGGUAACGUUAUUCUCGGCGCCAAAUUAUUGCGGUGAAUUCGACAAUGCUGGUGCCAUGAUGUCUGUUGAUGAGACAUUGAUGUGCAGCUUCCAAAUUCUGAAACCCGCCGACAAAAGGAAAUUCACGUACGGCGGUCUAAACGCUGGAAGACCUGUGACGCCGCCACGUGGUGCCAACAAUAAAAACAAAAAGAAGUGAAACUGUCGUCUUAAAUUCACUCGAACGCGACGCUUAGGAUCUUAAGGCAUCUCUCUCCUUUCAGCUCCCGUCCCAAUAAAUCCUACCAUCCACCUCUCGGCAAAAAAACUCUUGAGUCCUUGUAAGAAAGAGUUAUUUAAAGAACUAUCACUACGAGUACAUUCAUAAAAUAAGUUUAAAAAAAUGAAUAAAUGAUUUCGUUAAAUGCGGGUAAUUAUGUGCGCGAAGCCAUCCAUACUGAACACAAUAAUAUGACUUAACUCUAUUUUCGUCAUUGUAUAUGUAUUUGAAAAAGAAAUACUGACAAAUAUUUUAAGUGUUGAUUUGAAGUUUUAUUACAUGAACGAGGAAGCCGAAAAAAGCACGAUAGAGUCGGAACUACAAUCAUGAAAAUUGUUUUAGUUUUAAUUUGUAUUUGAAAAUGCGGCCUCUAAAGAGCUCAUAGAUAUGUUGUACGCGUGACGAUUAGAAUUUGUGUAUAUCGAGCGCGAGGAUGAUGAAAUUCGGUAAGCCUAUAGGCUUUUGUAUAGUUUUUGUCUAAUCUAAGGUAGAGAAAUAAUUCUUUUCUAGAUGACCGAAUAAAAAUAAUAGUGAUCAAAUUAUAGAGCGCUAAAGAUGAUUAUGAACAAUUUUUGUCUAGUUGUACAGAAGAGUAUUCGAAGUGUAGUUCCCUUUAUAUAAACGAUUAAAGGCACUCAUGGUUUCGAUGUCGUUUGCAAGGAAGAGAAGAUUCAAACGAAUUGCGAGCUAAUGUAUGAAUUUUCUCAGAAAGACGAAUCUUCUCUUUUUUGCUGUAAGAGAAAACAUCGGAAGGUAUUUUUUCUUCUUUCCUCGAAACCUUCUUUUGCUCGUCACCAUAAAAAAUGUAAAAAUGUUGCGGGUAUCACUAUAACAUCUCUUAAGUAUCAUCAGCCAAGGCCCUAUUGUUUCACUCGCACAAAAUUUUAAUACGCUCAGGCCCAACUAAAAACAAAUCCACUUGCAGUGGAGUAAAAUAAUAAUGCGUUCACUAACAAGAAUAGCGCGAAUGAUCCCAAAACGUGCAGUGAAACAAUAAGUGCGUGUUCGCGAAGUAUAAGUUGCAUCUGUUGGAAUUUUUUCGGUUAUUAUCGAUAUAUAACUGUAUACAUAUUAAAAUAAACUUAGUUAGUGGCGAAUGGACCAUGUUUAAGCGACAGCGUCCAUUAUCUUCUCAUUGUCAGCGAAAUUUUUUUUGUAGAUUAAUUAAUUAAGUCUAUUUUCUGAUUUUCAAAUGAUGAUAGGAAUCAUUAAUGAUUGAGUUUUUUUAUGCACUGUAGAAGUAGUUUCGUUCAUUGCUCAUGUCGUUGCGUUAAACCAAACGAAACAUCAUUGUGGACCAUCAGCAGCGACGAAUUGUAGAUUUCUUUUCUUUUUAAGAAAAAAACAAUUAUUAAUAACACAAACUACUUCGUUUUCUAGCUCCCGAUCAUUGUACAUUUUUUUUCUAAAUAAAAAUUCAUGUCAAAACAUAA